AUGCCCACAAUCCACACCAACUUUGUGAUCCCCCUGGCGGAUCUCCAAUCGGUGGACGGCGGCGAGGAGAAAAUGGACACUGGAGAGGUCACUCAUAGAUCUUCUACCGCUUUCCGACCUUGCUGUUCGUUCACCUGACGAUGCAUCAUCAUAUUCUCAACUUCUAGGCAUAAAAUGCGGCGUCUUCAGCAACCAGGACGGCUCAGGCUACGCCGAAUUCGGAAAUACCCGCGUUUUGGCGCAAAUCUACGGCCCUAAUAGUGAUGAGAAAUGGGAAGAAGACCAUGCUAAGAUUACGGUAGAACGAAAAAGGAGGGAAACUAAUCUUCAGCUCAUUCUAAGGUAUCCAUAAAAGGCGUCGUCGAAAAUAAGCAAUCCGAAAUGCGAGCCCAGCUCAAUUCUUCCAUUUCUGCCGUCAUUUUUGCGGAAAAGUACCCCGGAAAGACUAUCGAAAUCGAGGUAAACCUUUUCUGGUGUCCUGAGAGGAAUUCCCGGUAUCGUUUUAUAGGUUACUGUAUUGAAUGACGAUGGCGGCGUGUUGGCGGCGGCUCUCAUUGCCGCUUCUUUGGCCAUUUCUCAUUCCGGAAUCGAGGUAUUUUUUCUAUUUUAGAAGGGUUUGAAAGCUUCUAGAGAGAAGAACUUCAGGAGAAUAAGGCUAAAACUUUCAGGAUGUGUUCAAGAAAGCUGAAUAACUUUUCUCUGUCAAAAAAAGGGGGAAAAAUUGAAAAACUAUGAAAAAUUUUCGGUUUUUUAUGUUAAACGGUACUUCUUGUGGCUGUUGCACCAUAUGAUUCGACAAAUUCUCGUUCAGGCCAUGGGAACGAUGACAGCCGCACACGUUGGAGUGACCGCCGAGGGGGAUUUUGUUACGGAUCCGUCAAUUUCUGAUUUCGAAGAUAGGAAUCUCGUUGGCGGCGUCACUCUUUGUCUUGUGCCCAAUUUGAAUCAGGUGAACCGAGUUCUCGAUUCAAAUUUUGGUUAAAAACUUCAAUGCUCCUCGAAAGUAACCAAAAAAGAGAAUUCCGUGCUGUUCCUUACAAAAGCUGAAUAUUUUUUCCAAAUUAGAGGUCCUAAAAAUUGAAUCAGAUCAGUUUUCUGGUCGGAAUAAGUAUGGCUACAGUUUACGAAAAAGAUCAAUUUUUUGUGGCCAGCUUGAAAGGUAGAAAUUCAGAAUGGAUAGGACCAGGAGACAUUUUUUCAAAAAGUGUUCAAAAUCUUCCUUUUUUCUUUCCAACAAUUACCUCUGAAGGUUCAAAAUUCAGUACCACGAAACAUAUGUUUAUAGUGAAUUCGUGAGAAAACCAGCGAUUUAUAACUAAGAUGAAGUUUUAGCCCCUAAUGAAGUCGGUGGCCUCGAGAAGAACAGGUUCAGGUAUACUAAUUCCGAAAUCCAGGUAACCUGCGUGGAUGUCUAUGGCUUGGUUCCCCACUCCCGUCUGCCCUCCUUGAUAACGACGGCUCGAGAAAAAGCGCUCGCCCUGGUGACGGUUAUCCGUAAAAGCAUAAUCGCCAACGUCGAACAAUCUCAAAAACCCGCUGAAACUUUUUGA